AUGGCUCCAGAUCUGAAUGCCGUGUCCAGCGAUGGGCAAUGGGACUACUCGCAGCCAGGCUCAUCGGGCUACAAUAUCGAUCCCGAGAUAACCUACAACGACCCUAAGAAUCGCAAACUUAGGGUGUUGACCAUUGGCGCCGGCGUAACGGGGAUUUUGAUGGCGUAUCAAAUCCAGAAACAUUGCCAAAACGUUGAGCAUGUUAUAUAUGAGAAAAACGCGGAUAUCGGGGGUACAUGGCUCGAGAAUCGCUACCCAGGUUGUGCUUGUGAUAUCCCAAGCCAUGCAUACACGUAUCAAUUCGCCCUCAACCCAGUUCACGAUGACCUUGCUACCAUUGACUCGUAUCGUGACACACGCACUAGAGGUCUCCUAAUGCUACUUGACUGGCCUAGGUUCUUCAGCUACUCCCCGGACAUCUGGUCCUAUCUAAAUAAGGUGUGCAACACUUUCGACCUGAGGAAGUAUAUGAAGUUCAACACCGAAAUUGUCGGCUGCUACUGGGACGAAGGCAAGGGCGAAUGGAAGGUACAGCUUCGUGAGACACGCAACGGUGAGACCAUCAGGGAGUUCGGCGAGACUUGCGAUCUGCUCCUGCAUGGGACUGGUAUCCUUAACAACUUCAAAUGGCCGGAAAUUCCAGGCCUCAAGGACAAGUUCAAGGGCAAGGUGUUCCAUACUGCGAGGUGGGACUCUAAUUACCAGAAGGACGAAUGGAAGAACGACAGAGUUGCCAUCAUCGGCUCAGGUGCAUCUUCGAUUCAGACAGUGCCGACCAUGCAGCCACAUGCCAAGCACCUGGACAUAUUUGUUCGGACCGCUGUGUGGUUCGUACAGAUCGCAAACAAUUACGGUCAGAAUAAGGAGUAUGAUGAAAAGGAGCGCGACACCUUCCGUCACGACCCCAAAGCACUUGUGGCUCAUGCCAAAGACAUUGAAGACCAAGUCAAUGGGUUGUGGGGUGCGUUCUACUCAGAUACUGAAGCACAGAAGAUGGGUCAAGAGCUCUUCCGCAACAGGAUGGCCGAGCACAUUAAGGACAAGAGACUGCUGAAAGGCUUUACGCCGACCUUCGGUGUGGGCUGUCGCAGGAUUACGCCUGGAGAUCCAUACAUGGCAGCCAUCCAGAAGGAGAACGUGGACGUGCACUUCACCCCUGUCGAGAGCUGCACGGAGGAUGGAGUGGUCGGUGGCGACGGCGUGGAGCGCAAGGUCGACACGAUUGUCUGCGCUACAGGCUUCGAUGUUUCAUACAAGCCACGGUUCCCCAUCGUAGGCAAGGGUGGAGUCGAUCUCCGAGAGAAGUGGAAAGACUGCCCAGAGAGCUACCUGGGUCUUGCUGUACCUGAUUUGCCAAACUUUCUGACUUUCAUUGGGCCAACUUGGCCAGUCGAGAAUGGAAGUGUCAUGGGACCUCUGCACUCGGUCUCGGACUACGCCAUCAAAUUAAUCAAGAAGAUGCAGAACGAGAACAUCAAGAGCUGGGUGCCCGACCAGCAGAAAACCGAUCUCUUCAACGACCACGUCCAAGAGUGGGUCAAGCAUACAGUCUGGAAAGAAGACUGUCGCAGCUGGUACAAAGACAACAAGACUGGCAGAGUCAAUGCCGUCUGGCCAGGCUCCUCAAUGCACUAUCAACAAGUCAUCGAGACUCCUCGAUAUGAGGACUUCCACAUCGAAUAUCGUGACAAGAAUCCUUGGGCACAUCUUGGAAUGGGGUGGACUCCUGAGAACCGUCUGGGACCAGAAGGUGCUGAUUGCUCACCGUAUCUGUCGUUAAAUAACAUAGAUCCAAAGUGGUAUGAGGCUAUCGGCGGUGACAGUGGAACCUUGCAGAAGCAGCAGAAUAACUUGAAUGCUAAAUAG